AUGUGUACUGUGUAACCACACCCUUCGCUUGCCCCAUCAGCGGCCCCAAAUCACAACUCACCAUCUUUCAAGCACUGCCAUGUCUCGUUCCUACCUGAUCCCCCGCCCUUGGUUCCUUCCAUCGACAUGCCGACAACAACCCAACGAAGCUUACCAGCACUCGUGCAAGCUCCCUCAUGAUGCACAGCCGCAGGGUCCGCCGUAGGGUACUGGCAUGCGCCAGAUGUCGCAAAAGAAAACUAUCAUGUGAUAGCAAGAUCCCUGCCUGCGGGCGUUGUGAAUCUGCCGGCGUCGAGUGCGUCGGAUUCGAUUCUUCCACCCAGCGCGAAGUGCCUCGUUCAUUAGCCGACCAUCUGGAAGACCGCAUCAGACAGCUUCAAGUUGGCACCGAUUCAACGUCAAGCGGAGACGUUCCGACCGCAUCUACGCUUCCUUCUCCAGCGGCGCCCAAUGGCAGGGAUAGCCUGAGCGAGAGGAGUACCUUUGCGGACUGUCUCCUUAACCGUGUAAUGGAAGACAUCACUCCUUCCUUCCUCGGGAUUACCCAAGCCAGACCACUUCCGAGUUGUGUCGUGGUGGGAACACAGCUGCCCCCAAUUGGAGGUACUGACUUGAAUGCAACCCAUCCCAAAUCCAUCCUGAAUCCGCAGCCGUCCGCCACAGGCUUAGAUGGAUUCGACGGUAAACAAGCUAUUGGGCUUCUCAAGAACUACCACGACCGUAUCCUCCCCCAGUAUCCCAUCUACCAUAGCACCGAGAUCAUCGAUGCAUACAACUCUGUAUAUGGUGGAAACAUCAAGCCAGGGGGUGGAAGUCCGCGAGACCGCUACAUCGUUUCGCUAAUCUUGGCCAUAUCUCUGUCAACUGCGGCAAGAGAAAAUCAGAAAGGAGCGCAUAAACACGCUUGCGCUCUCGUUCAGUACGCAUUACAAUGGAUGCCUCAAGUUGCGACGAACGAUAUAGGCGGACUACAAGCGAUGCUGCUCUUGACGCAGUACAGUUUCUUCAACCCAGCCAUUUGCGACGUAUGGCUGUUGAUGGGCUUAAUUAGUCAAGCAGUGAUCGAUCUCGGCUUGCACCAGGAGCUGCCAAUUGAAGCAUGCAUCUCCGACUAUCAAAGGGAUAUGAGGAGGAGGCUUUUCUGGGUCGCAUGGGAAACGGAGGUUGCUGUUUGUUCAAUAUAUUCGCAACCGAUACACCUUCCUAUACGGGACUAUGAAGUUGCCUUUCCCGUCGAGGUAGAUGAUAUCUCAAUCACAGAAGAGGGCAUCGAUCUCCAUGGACCCCCGUCUAAGUCCACAUCGAAGCGAAUCUGGCUUCUCCGACAGAUUGAGGCCGACAUCGUGUCGGUGCUAGAGCAGGAUGCGCCUCUUCCGCAAGGGUUCAGCGCAUUGGAAGAAUGGAUGCAGAAGAUCGAUAGAUCUAUUCAGGAGUGGUACCACGAAGUUCAGCAAUCGGCGCGGGCAAACUCGUACAGCGACUUAACGCCAGCAUGGAACGAACUGGUGCUCUAUGCCGACUUCAUGCUACCAUAUGUUUACAUGAUGCUCUAUAAGCCGUCGAAGAGGAUACCGCUCCCUACUACUAAGAAUUGGUUGGUAGCUUUCGAAAGCUCUGUCCGUAUCGCAGAGGGUUGCCUAAGGCAACACAAUACCGAGCAGGCUAAGAUCAAAUACGUCUUCCACCCUGUCCACUAUUGUCGCAAAGCAGCCUUUGUAUUCCUGCAGGCACUAUCGCAUUGCAAAUCGGAGGUUGCUGGAAGAUAUCCAGUUGCUCAGGUGGAGACCUGGAUGGAAGUUUUCCCAACAUUCUUCUUAGCCAUCGCCGAGCGGUGGCCAGACACCAGACGCUGCGAAGAGGAGUAUCAAAGACGACUGGCACCGGUUAAGAGAGAAUAUUUUCAGUUUCUGCAUCUGUACCCCGGAGAAAACAAUGCCCUGAGCUGUGGAACGUGAGAAGACUUUGGGUGUACUCUGCAGCUGGGGCGUGUCCUCCUUGUCAUUAUAACUACGAGGCACUCGCUGCGACUCCCAGCAACGCAGCGACUUCUCGAUCCUACCUCAGUCCCACAACGACUAGUACAAGGAGUUUGGUCUGAACUUCGACUCUGGACUUUCAACCUGCACAGGGGAGCUAAGCUGCUUCAAGAUCUGCAAGUUUGAUAUACUGCAUACU